UAGCGACUCAUUCGCCAGCGUUCAUUCGACGCGUUCACAUCGUUGCGUAUACGCCCCGUCGGUCGCACUGCAUGAGUGUUGGUGCGUGUUCGUAUGUGCGCGUGUCUCUUUGCGGACUCUCUUGAUAUUUACGAAUAUUAUUCCGCCGACUUCCGUUCCGAUCGCAUUGAAACCGCGCCUGUGUUCGGCAUAUAAAAUCAUUUCUAAAUUUAUAAAACAAACGCGUAUACACACACUCGCCCCUAAAGAAAUCAAUUUAAUUUGUGCAAAACGUAAUGCCCUAAGAUGUAUAUUUAUAUUUAUGCAUAAAUAUUUGCCAAAACAGCACCCACACAGAAAAAAAAAAAAACAAAAUCCAAGCGAGUGCUAAACAACAUAAAAGUGGGAAAUAAAAUUUAAUGAUUUAUUUUGGCCAGACUAAUACCGUUAUAAACACACACAGAGCACACCUCUACGCCUUUUCCGCUGCAUUUGAAUUAUAUUUAUUGUUUUCGUUUAUUUCUGCUUUUUUGAACAUUGUUUAUUUUCACAUAAAUUCUUCAGUUGAAAGUGAAAGCGGCGUCGCAUCAUCGUCGUGAAAUGUUGCCGGCGAGCCGAGAUCGCAGAAUGGACAAGUUAUGCUAAUGGCUAAGGUUAUGCUAAAAAAAAAACAACAACCAAACGAAACUGACAAACAAAUGCAAGAAACGGAAUUUUAACCAUUGACUCGAGAGCCCUGAAAAGCGAACAAAAUGCGCUUGCAACAUCGUUACGCCAGCAAUCCAACCACAACUUCGAGUAAUAACAGCGCCAUAAGCACCAGCAGCACCGCCAACAACAACAACAUCAACAACAACAACCACAACAUCAAUAUCAAGCGAGCCAAGAAGUUGAGUGGCCAGAACAUUAUCAAAUUGCGCUCUGGUAAACAAUCGACGGCCAAAUCCACCGCAAUGCCACCCGCCACCCCGCAGCCCCUCAGUCGGCACCAUCAGCUAAUCAUGGAUAAGGAAUCGAAGCCAGAAUCAGUGGCAUUAUCCCCAUCGCCAUCGUCGAGCAAUGAACGGGAGGAGGACGAGAUCGAGGAGACGACCACCACCACCACCUCGGUGGAGCUGAGAUCAUCGGCCAGUUCGCAUUACAGGGCCUACACCACCAUCCGCAGCAACUCGACGUCGGCGAUUCUCCACGAGGCGGUACUGCCGCCCCUCACCCCCGCCGGAAUGCUCUACGCCCGCCCACGAACCCUCAACGUCCACAAUGUCUGCCAGACGCCCGCGCAGAUAACGCAAAUGUUUUUUGGAGAAGUUCUGAAUGCAUGGCGAGCGAAGGCCAGAUGCAAUGUGGUGCCCGACGAGCGGACUCAGGAGCUCUUCCACGAGCUAAGCUUCCAUCCUAGCCAAAAGCAGAUAAGCGAAAUGCUGCAGACUGCCAAGAAAGUGGCCCGCAAGGGAGGAAGUGGACAGCCGAAUGGCUUGACUUUUGGUCAGUUUUGUGUUCUAGCCGCGGAUCUGAAGCGUUUCAGAGCUUCAACCAUUUCGAAUCAAUCGGCGUACUGCGACUACCAGUCUCUGUCCUCGGGACUGCUGCUCCCGGAACAGGAUGAUCCUGCCAGCUCCUCCAAGCAACACCUGCAGUCACCAGCAGCCGCCACCUCAUCACCUGCCUACAGCAACAAGAAACAGGAUAACCACGGCACCGAACUGCGGAGUACCAAGUCCUUCAGCAGUGUGGAUGAUACCAAAAAGAAGAAGAACGCCAGCAAUGAGCCCGUUGAGGUUUUCCUCGGCGGAUCCUGUAAUCCUACCACCUGGCGAGCCGACGUUGCCAUACCAGCCCUCAAGGAACUGGGAAUUUCAUUCUACAAUCCUCAAGUAUCCGAUUGGACGCCCGAUCUCAUCGAGCUCGAGCAUCGAGCUAAGGAAAAGGCCCGUGUACUAUUCUUCGUUAUGGAUUCGGAAACACGCGCUUCUGCUGGUGCCAUCGAGGCGGCACACAUAGCGGGUCAAAACUGCAAGCAGCUGGUGUUGGUUUUGCAUCCGUACAAACCAAAUCAGAAGAUCCUCAACGAGCCUAUUUCACAGCAAGAAUACCUCGAUUUGAAUCGCAACCAGUUGAUACUUAAGGAGCUGGUCUCCCGUCGCGGUCUGCCUGUACUGGACAACAUACCAUUGGGUCUGCAGCGCACCAAGGAUAUCCUCUCUGGCAUCAGGGAUCCACCGUCCAAAAUAUCUUCUAUAUUAGAUACCGUUCGCGGCGCCUUCGAUCGCGUUAAUCCGCAAAGCGAUCUACUCACCGUGGAACAGUGCAAACGUGCUCUCUUAUUCCUAGGCUAUGCUCAGAGUUUAGUUAAUUUAGACAAUCUAACUAAGAUCAUAAUCAACCAACGCGAAUCGCUGAAAUUGCUCCAAACGCACAGUACAAAAUCUGGCGUAGAUGAUUUGGAUGGAGAGUCCGAUGGCGGCAACUGCAGUCAGCCGAUCCUGCCCAGCCAGGAGCUGAUCGACUUCGAUCUGUUCUGCGUCAUCUCGGCGUAUCUGUCCGUUCUGCAGCAGGAGAUCCACGAAAGCGGUUGCAUUUCGCCCAUCAAGGGCACCAAUGUGCCGCCGCCGCAGGUUUACUUCACCAAUGCUCCCGAUGUGGACAUUUACUACUCGGCCAGCAAGAAUAUUUCGCGAACGUCGAGCAACGCCAGUGUUCCGUCCAAUAGCAGCAGUGGAAUCGGUCACGAUUUGGAGCGACAGAGUCUGUUCGAGCAACUGAGUCGCAGUCGAGACAGUGGAACCUCGUCCCCGCAACCGACGGGCAAAAGCCCUCGGCCACAGAUCCUUCUCAAUGUGGAAUCCAUCGAGACCACCGAGAUAAUCACCACCAAAACGAUAGAGACCAAGCCGAAUCCGGUGACUGCAUCCACGGUGGUUGUGCCCGCCGAGGAGGAGGAGAGUGACUCCAACGAUUCGGUCUUCUCCAGCAGCAGUUCCAUUGCGAGUGCCGGCGAUGCCCUCUGUUGCGGUGGAGGCUUGGAUCUGCGCGAUGUCUAUCUUGGCGGAAGUUGUGUGCUGCGCACCAAAUGGCGACAGGAGUUGGCCGUUCCUUUUCUGCAGUCGAAGAGUGUGAGUUUCCACACGCCUGCGCUGCACGAGAGCAUCCAGCAGUUGGUCCAGAACCAGGAGCAGACCACUGCGGCUCAACAGCAAGCAACAGUUCCUCCGCAGGAGCAGCAACAGCAGCAGAGAUCAUUUGUGCGCACACGCCGGAAGUGCCGCGGCAAUCAGCUGCAGCUGGAGGAGCAGGAGGAGCUCACCGUGGCCGAGGAGUCGCUCAGCUGGUCCCUGCCACCGGUAGCCGUCCGCCAGAGUCUGUACAAUCCGUCGCUGCUCGACUCCAGCCGCGUGCUGCUGUUCGUCAUCACCAACGAGACCCGAUCCCUGGCACCCAUGACCCUGGCCGCCCACUGCAUCGGCCUCAUGUACAACGUGGUGCUGGCGGUGCAGAUGCUGCCCGAAGACUGUGUUCUAAAUGGCGAGAAGCUGACUGUGGCGGCCAUCAAGGACUACAAUCGCGGACGGUCGUACCUGAUCGACUUGGCCAAGAGGCAGGGCGUUCCCGUGUUCGCCGACAUUCGGGCCGCCCUCGAGUGCACGGUGGCCAAGGUUCAGGCGUACAACAACCGCGACCGCUGCUAAUUCGUACCUGUAUUCAAGUUCCAGCACGUGACAAUUUAAGCUUAUGUCUAAUCUAAGGCCUAGUGCAAUUUACGUUCUACUCUUAACCCACGACCACCCCCCACUAACUUAAUGGUGUCUAAUCGUAUUCGGAGAACACUCUUCUACCUAGUUAAAAGCUAUACGUAAUAUAAUAUAUUUACCACAUAAAACGAGUGUAAAACCACUAAAAUGUCGUCGCCCAGAGAGCGCAUUUCAUAACCUUAUGGAGAAAGUCAUGCAUUCGGCUCCCCUCUCUCUAUAAUCGCUAUAAGCAACUUGCUUUAUGCUAAUUUAUUAUUUAUUUAACCCCAUACACGUGGUACAUGUGCUAAAAUAACUGUAAAUAUUUAAACAUGUACAAUUUUAGUGCAUACACAAUGCGAAAACCAACUAAAAUACAUAUAUUUUAUAAUCAUAGAGCGCAUUCAGAUAUAAAAUAAUUAUUAACUAUAUAUAAAGCCCCAAUUAUGUAUAUGUAUACCCAUAGUGACCCACUGUACCAGUUAGCUGGCAAAAAAUAUCUCAAUAAACAAAUUUUUCUAACAUAUGCUUGAAUAUAA